AUGGGAAGCGUCGAUGUGGCAAGGAGAGAACGAAGCGCUGCCGACGACUCCAGGAAGAAAACCCGCGCGGGCGAGAAAAUUUCAUUCCGACGCCGUAAUGGAAUGAGGUUUGAAUGGCGACCGAGUCACAUCGCACAUGAUGGGCUUUUCGCAGCAGUGAUGAAUCGAGUCCAAUCAGGUGAAAUGGGGAAUGCUUGUCGUUGGGGAAACAGUCCCCCAGCGGGGAAUAAAUUCCCAGGGAUUUCUCCUUUAUUGACCACUUUAUUCCGGCCCGAAGGAACUCUGCUUAAUCCGAAUCGCACGACUCGGUUUUCCCGACGUGCCGUGGAGACGCUAUUGCUGAUGGCAGGGUUUAUUUUCCUGGCCGUCGCUAAUUGCCAGAUCGUGUUUUCCCGAGGUUGGGCACCAGGAGGCAAACGUUCCAGGCUCUUGUCAACUGAAGAGGUCGCUGUACCGGCUGGUCGCGACAGGCAGCAGUAUGAUGCACUUCUCGGACAAUUGGAUUACCAAAGAUUGCUGCACUACAAAAACCAGGAAGCCGGAACAGCGCCGGGUUGGUUCCAACUGCCAGCCACCGGAUACAAGAAACUGCCUCCGCCCGAAACGUACGACACCUGGCGCAAAGAAUCGAGGACUCCAACGAACGCAGACUUGAGAGUUGUUCAGGGUAAAACAGAUGACACGCGGAAUCCUUCCUCUGCUCCCACAUAUGUUUAAGUUGGAACCCAAAAGAAAUUCGUAUUCACGCUUAUCCUUAUGGAUCUUCGCGCUAUGUAGUGUAAGUUCAAUAAAUUUGCUGGCAAGACAUGACCACGGCGUGAUUAGACUUGCUCGGUUGAGGGAAAUACACGAGGAAGCAGAAACA